CCCCCUUCUAGCACGAACACAAAUUUAAUCCCACCAUCAAUCUCUGACUUUUGCACGGUCAAUCUUAUCCAACAACUCCAUAGAAAAGUGAGUAAAACAGGCCGGGUCCGUAUUUAAACACGAAUCACUGCGCCCCCGCGUAGGCUGUUGCUGUCGCCCGAGCCCGGCAAGCGAAGCCGAAACGCGCACGGCCAAUUCAAGCGAAAUCCGCCUCACGGAUAACUGGCGGAGUGCGUCCUCCAGCACAUAGAUACCCCGCGUCCGUCCGGUCAUCGCUUCUGCUCCGUUGGUGCUGCUGCUGCCUUGUCUGGUCGUAGUCUGCCCACACCGGGAGACUAAAUUGCACCGGCGGGAGCGAUCGAGCAGCGACACCAUGUCCUCCCCGACACCAACGCCGCCGGUGGCUCCGGCGCCGCAGGCGCCCACCACGCCGGUGGCCCCGACUACACCGGUGACGCCACCCGUUACAGCGCCGGUGCCGCCAACGGCGCAGCCGCCGACUACGCCACCAACGGCGCUACCGCCCACUACACCGCCAACGGUGCAGCCGCCGGUAUCUCCACCUACGAGUACACCGUCUCCUCCCCCGCCGCCUCCGCCGGUGACGCCGUCCCCACCUCCACCGGUGAUCGUGCCGACGCCGUCCCCACCUCCACCGGCGACCGUGCCAACGCCAUCUCCUCCUCCACCGGCGGCGAUCGUUCCGACGCCAUCUCCUCCUCCGCCCGUACCGCGGCCUCCUCCUCCCAGCGGCGUCCCGGCGUCACCGCCUCCUCCCGAUGACGUCCCCACCUCUCCGCCACCCCCUACCGGCGUCCCAGCAUCACCGGCCGCGCCGCCUCCGCCGUCACAUCUGUCGCUGUCUCCACCUCCGCCGUCCACGUCGCCAGGAACGCCAGCAACGUCUUCACCGCCCGCCUCCAAGUCGUCGAGCAGCGGCGUCGCGGUGGGCAUAGGCGUGGCCGUCGCGGCGGUUGUCCUGCUCGGCCUCGCCGCCGGGCUCAUCUACUUCUUCGUCGGAAGGAAGCGCCGCCGGCGGCCGCCGCCGUCCCAUCAAGGGUUCCCAGGCGAGUUCUACGACCCGCGGCGGCCUGUGACGCCGCCGCACAUGUCGCACGCGCCGUCGACGACGCCAUCGUCCUCGACGCCGCCGCUGAUGCACUCGUGGCAGAGCAGCCGGGGGCCGUCCGAGUCGCCGCUGCCGCCGCUGAACCCUUCGCCGGCGAUCAUGGGCGGCACCUUCGGGUACGACGACCUGGCGGCGGCCACGGACGGGUUCUCGGACGCGAACCUACUGGGGCAGGGCGGGUUCGGGCACGUGUACCGCGGCACGCUGGGCGGGCAGGAGGUGGCCAUCAAGAAGCUGCGCGCCGGGAGCGGGCAGGGCGACCGCGAGUUCCGCGCCGAGGUGGAGAUCAUCAGCCGCGUCCACCACAAGAACCUCGUCUCCCUCGUCGGCUACUGCCUCUACGGCGAGCAGCGCCUGCUCGUAUACGAGUACGUCCCCAACAAGACCCUCGAGUUCCACCUCCACGGGAGCAGCAGGCCGACGCUGGACUGGCCGCGGCGGUGGAAGAUCGCCGUCGGCUCGGCGAAGGGGCUCGCCUAUCUGCACGAAGAUUGUCAUCCUAAGAUUAUCCAUCGUGACAUAAAGGCGGCGAACAUCCUUCUUGAUUACAACUACGAACCAAAGGUUGCAGAUUUUGGGUUGGCCAGAUACCAAGCAGCUGAAGUCACGGCUGUUUCUACACGCAUAAUGGGAACUUUCGGAUAUUUGGCGCCAGAGUACGCUGCCACAGGCAAAGUUAGCGACCGGUCCGAUGUCUUCUCCUUCGGCGUGAUGCUUCUGGAACUGAUCACCGGGAGGAAGCCUAUCAUGACAUCUUCAGCUUAUCAGCCUGAGACGCUGGUUUCCUGGGCUAGGCCGUUGCUGACGAGAGCCGUGGAGGAGGAGAACUACGACGAGCUGAUCGACCCGAGGCUGGAGACCAACUACGACGCGUACGACAUGGCGCGGCUGAUCGCGUGCGCCGCGGCCGCCGUGCGCCAGACCGCGCGGUCUCGCCCGCGGAUGACCCAGAUCGUCCGGUACCUGGAGGGCGAGCUGUCGGUGGAGGACCUGAACGCCGGCGUGAGGCCGGGGCAGAGCGCGAUGCAGCGGUCGGGCGGCGGCACGACGGACCAGAUCGGCCGGCUGCGGCGGAUGGCGUUCGGGCCGGGCGCGGGAGGGAGCACCACCGGCACCGGCACCAUCUCGGAGUACGCGAGCAGCGAGUUCAGCAACCCCACCAGCGAGUACGGGCUGAACCCGUCCAGCGAGUACACGGCCAGCAGCGGGGGCGACACGGGCGAGGUGCCCCCGGCCGCGGCCGCGCAGGGAGGGCAGCAGUGGUCGGGGAGGCGCGCGGCCGGCGACACCGAGAGGAUGAGCCGGCGCACCACCGGCAGACGCGGCCAGACGUGACACCCAACAUUUUUUCGGCACCUCGUCUGCUUACUGAAUACUGAUGAGCCCACUGUUCGUGUGCAUGCGCGUGUCAAGGUGGUAACGCAGCCGCCGUGGGAUUGAGUUUUGUUUUUUUUUCCUCGUUCCUUUUCUUCUGGUUUGAUUUAUGCAUUUUUUUGGUUGGGCGGAUGGGAGGUUUAAGUUGUAAAUUGUAUGCAUGUGUAUUGCCAUUAGACUUGUCAAAAUCCUGAAACGAUGACUAGUACUCACCUCGGUAAGGUGUGCAUUAGGAGCAGGCUAUCAGAACAUCAAGCGUUCCGGACCAGAGGGGAGUACUGACUAGAUCCAGUAACCUGUCAAUCGGAGAGGCAAACAUGAAGAAGAAACGCCCAGCAAGACAAAAGAGAAGCACCCAAAUCUUGCUGCCUCCAUGAUGCCAAGCGUGAAAAAGCAUAUCCCUGUUGUUCGGGAAAAAAAAAAGCAUAUCCCUGAUCGGCGCUGCUAGUGCCCGGAUGUUCGAUGGGAAAUUUUCCAUCGGAUAUUCUGACGAAGCAUCAAAAAUUAUCUAGUGCAACAUCAGCAGUUACUAUUUGCAACAUGCAAAAUAAUGUAUAAAAAUGACUACGUCGUUCAACUCUGGGAUAGAAAAUUCCCGCCGCAACAUGACCACUAUAUUUCAUGCAACAUUCAAUAUAAAACAUGCAGAAAUGCAAUA